CAACCACCGAAACCAAGGCCCCACGGGAUCCACCACGGCAUAUCUUGACCGGCCUCACUUGGCAAAAGCUUGCUUCUGCUUGGCUGGCGGCCCUUCUUGAAACCCUAAACGGUUGAGACCUCCGACGUACGCCCGUCCCGUCUCCAGACGCCAAAGCACCCUCCAGAUCAUGGCAGGGAAGCAGCAGGGUCUCCCCAAAGCGAUGGAUAUGGGGGAAUGUCUGGGGAGCAGUGCGGAGAUGAGGAUCAGUCUGGGGUCGUCAAAAGGAAACAGGACGCGCUGAUUCCCUUCCCUUCCUCUCUCCCCAGUUCUUCGGCGUCAUCCCCAUGACGGAAGCGGGCACUAGCAUGGCCAAGGAGGAAGACACUCAAAAUGUCGAGUACAGCGGCUCGGAGCACACGCACGCGCUCAGCGUGGAGCACCGGCAGUACCUCCUGCAGCGCCAUGGCACCUUGGAUCUCGAGCCCGUGCCGGACAUGAGCGACGGUGAUCCAUACAACUGGCCAAAGAGCAAGAAAAUCCUGAACCUCGCCAUGAUCGCCUUCCACGCCAUGAUGGCCACUUUCACGGCCGCCGCAGUGCAGUCAGUCUUCGCCGAGAUUGCCGCUGACCUCGACGUCUCGAUCCACCGGGCAUCUUACAUGCUGUCGCUACAGAUUGCCGUCCUCGGGGGCGCGCCGCUCUUUUGGCGACCGCUUGCCCAGCGGUUCGGGCGCCGCCCCAUCUUCUUGCUCUCGCUCAUCUGCAGCCUGGUGGGCAACGUCGGGUGCGCCGUCAGCCCCUCGUACGCCACCAUGGGGCUGUGCAGGGCUAUCACGGCUUUCUUCAUCUCGCCUGCGUCGGCUAUUGGGAGCGCUGUCGUGGCCGAGACCUUCUUCAAGAAGGAGAGAGCCAGAUACAUGGGCGUCUGGACUAUGAUGGUGACCCUGGGCGUGCCCAUGGCUCCGUUCAUCUUUGGCUUCGUCGCUGUGAGGGUCGGGUAUCGCUGGAUUUAUUGGAUCUUAGCCAUUACCAACGGCGUGCAGUUCAUUCUUUACUUCCUCCUCGGCCGGGAGACCCUCUACCUCCGCGGCCCGACGCCCGCCUUUUCUCCCACUUCGGCACCUCACAAGUCAACUCCUCAGUCCCUCCUCUCGUUUGGCCGUAUCAACCCGACUCCUCUCACGCUUGGAGACUUUGUCCAACCCCUGACCUUCGUCGCCCGGCCCUGCGUCUUCAUCCCCGCAGCCGGCUACGCCAUGGUUUUUCUGUGGGCCAACAUCAUGGUUUCCGUCGAGACAGGCCAGCUGUUCCCUGAGAAGUUCGGCUUCGAUUCCCAGCAGGUCGGCCUGCAGAACAUCAGCAUCAUCAUCGGCUCCCUGAUCGGCGAGCAGAUCGGCGGGUAUGCGAGCGACUGGUGGAUGUGGAGGCGGCAUAGAAAGGUCAUAAAUAGCAGCGACAGCGAGAGCCAAGACGACGACGGGAGCACCCUUGCGCCGCAGCCAGAGUUUCGUCUUUGGCUCGGCUACCCGGGCUAUCUGCUCACCAUCUGCGGUGUAGUCGUGUAUUUCAUCCAGCUCGACCGUGCCGGACAUACGUGGAAUGUGACCCCUGACGUGGGCAUGGGCAUCGCGGCAGCCGGGAACCAGAUUGUCACGACCGUCAUGACGACGUACGCUGUCGACUGCUACCGCGAGGACGCGGCCGGGGUGGGCGUCUUCAUAAACUUUGUGAGGCAGACGUGGGGCUUCAUUGGGCCGUUUUGGUUCCCCGAGAUGAUCAAGCAGGCCGGGUUUGGAGCGUCGGCUGGGAUCGCGACGGCCAUGCUGGUUGUGGUGUCGAUGAUACCCACGGCCGUGGUGCAGUGGAGGGGCCGUCUGUGGAGACAAAUGCUGUCUUCGCUCUCGGCUUAGGGUCGCGCCGCUCCCCCUCCCCUCCCCUGGCCCAUAUACGAAGCAACGUCCUCAUCGUAUUUCCGCGCAUCAAGGGAUUCAGAUGCCUAUGCAUUCAAAACUCCAUACCUACAAGCCACGGGCAUGGUAUUUUUGUUUUAACAGCAGAAACAUUUAGACCGUUGGUUGCAGUUGGCUGUACGCUUGGAGGGCUCCGAUGCCCGGGCCGAGUAGCCAAAUCAGAGGACUCGAGCACAUGAUCAGCGCUCAUCACAAUUCAAUCAUGUCAAUCAAUUUAAC